UUUCUGUCAUUUUAUCAUUUACAACUAUCACGAAGUUUUGUCGUUGAUGAAAGUUUAGCGCUGUUGGUACAAAAAAAAGUAAAUUACGUUAUCAAGGCCACGUAAUUAAGGCAUUAACUAAAAGUUAACCGCUAACUUAGAAAAGUUAUCACAAUGAUUGCAUUACUCUCAUUGAGAAGGUUUUUUCUACCCCUAAUUGUGCUGGCAAUCGCGGUAACGUUGGGAACAGCGGAUGUUCCACGUCCACGCGGUGUACCGCUGUUCAAAGCCUCGCUCUACACACCCCGUACGGAUAAAAGUUGGGUUUGUCUGGAUAACCAAAAAGCCAUUCGUCAUACCCAAAUCAACGAUGACUACUGUGAUUGUGCGGACGGCAGUGAUGAGCCUGGUACUUCUGCCUGCUCGAAUGGCCACUUCAAUUGUGCCAACCUUGGUCACCGUGCCGAAGACAUACACAGUUCACGUGUAAAUGAUGGUAUAUGUGACUGCUGCGACGGCAGCGAUGAAUGGACUGAGGGUGCUGUAAAUUGUCCUAAUACUUGCGUAGAACUAGAACAAGUGGAAGAACAGCAACGUCGCACUCAAGCCGAACUACAUAAACGCGGUAGUGCUAAGCGAGCGGAAUUGAUAGCCAGGGGAAAGCAAAUGCGCGCUGAUCGUGAAGCACGACGCAAAGUACUGGAACAAAGACGCAAUGAGCAGGAGGCGGUAAAAGUAGAAAAACAAUUACUGAAAGACAUCCAAGAAAGAACUGAAUCAGACGCACUCGAUAUAUACAAAGAGCAACAACGUGAAAAAGAUGCAGCUGCCGCAGAAGCCGCAAGAUUGCAAGAAGACGCACAUACCUUGCGCUAUGAGGCAGAGGAGGCUUUUAUUAAAUAUGACGCAAACAAAGACGGUUUCGUUGAAAUUACUGAAUUAAUGGUAGAUAUGACGCUUGAUCGCGAUCGCAAUAGCAUCGUAACUGUUGAAGAAGCCCAGUAUUUCCUGGAUGACCGUCAUCGCGUCGACUUAAACUCAUUCUGCGAAUUGUCGUGGCCCCGAAUUAAGCCAAUUAAGAUGUUGGCUGAGGGUAUUUUCAAACCACCAAUUCUGGAAGAUGAUGAAAAUCCAAAGCAAGAAACCGAGACACCUGAGCAGCCUGAAGAAGCACAUGAACAUGAAGGUGCCGAUGGUGAAGAAGAGCUUUAUGAGGAUGAAGAAGGUGAAGUGGAUGUUGGGGUCGGAAGUGUGGCUGAUGCAUCACAAACCGAGCCUGAGUACGAUCCUGUAACAAAGCGUGUAAUAGAGAUGGCUAAUGAAGCACGAAAUGCCUACUCCGAGGCAGAGCAAAAGUUACGCGAAAUCGAAAAUGAAAUUAAAGACAUUUCAGACCAAGAUGCUAAGGAUUAUGGCCCCAAUGAGGAGUACGCUGCAUUGGAUGGGGAAUGCUUCGCUUUUGAAGAUCGCGAAUACGUAUAUACGCUGUGUCCCUUCGAAAGAGCUUCACAAAAACAACGCAGCGGUGGCUCAGAGACAACUUUAGGGCGCUAUGAUCAGUGGAUUGGAGAAGGUGAUAGGAAAUACGAUAAGCAGAAGUAUGCACAUGGUGCUGCAUGCUGGAAUGGUCCACAACGCUCAGUUAUUGUACAGUUUAAAUGUGGCUUGGAACAGAAGAUUAUCUCCGUAUCAGAGCCCAACCGUUGUGAAUACAGCUACGUUUUCGAAACACCAGCUGCUUGCGAUGGCGUCGUUGCGAAUGAUACGCGUCAACGUGAUGAGCUUUAAAAAAAGCCAAUAAGUUGAAAAGUACUCCAUAAAAUAGAAAAAUAAUGCUCAUACAUAAUUAGGGCGAUUCAAUACGAAUCCCCCCAUAGAUGUGUGCUUAGUGUUAUUUUAAUUGUAAAGAGAGAAAAAAACGUAAAGUGUGAACACAGCAACUUUAAUAAAUGUAAUUUGUAAUUGAA